AUGAUCCAGCCUGCUGCAGCUGCAGCCGCUUCCGCCAUCGCCUCCGCUUCCGCCACUUCCGCGCGCCCUUCCGCCCUCAGCGCCUACCGCACGUUGCUCCGCGCGAUCCGCAAAUCCUUUCCGGGGGAUCAGCACGCGCAGUCCGCGGGGCGCGCGGAGGUGCGCGGGCACUUCGAGGGGAACCGCGGGGAGGCGGACGAGCGGCGGCUGGCGGAGCUGGAGAGGGACGCGCGGGACGCCGCGGAGAUGCUCCGCACGAUGGUGGUGCAGGCGCGGCUCAAUGAGCGGGGGAACUACGGUGAGUCAUUGGGGGAAUGA